AGUACAGCCAAAUGAGCUACUCCUGAUACUAGAACUGUGCUGCCUUCAUGAAAAAUGGAUGCAGAGGAAACUCAGAAGAGUGAUGAAGUUGAUGGGAGUUUACAAACUGAUCUGACAGAAAAUUCAAUGAAAAAUGUUUCAGUAGAAAAUGCUGAAUGUGAUUCCUUAUCUAACCAGGAAACAGGUUCCUUAUCUGAUGGAGUGCAUAGGAGCCUUGAGAAGAAAGGAGAAGAGAAUGGCAAAAACAAAAGGGCAUUAUUAGGAUCAACUAGCCUAGAAAUUACUGAAGGGGACCAAUUUGAAAAUGAACCUAUCUCAAAAAGAAUAAAGCUGGAUUUUUCUAAACAUACUAAAGGCAGUGAAGGCAAAUCACUCAAACUCACAGUUAGGCAGGAGUCAAUUACAGAAACAGAUAAUAUAAUAGAUGGAGCCAUAAAAAAGGUAGCAGUGAAUGACUGUGUCAGUGGUGACACACUUUCAAAUUCCUCGUGUCCACAUUGUGAUUUCAAAGCUGUCGAUGCUUCUGCACUGAAAAUUCAUUUGGAAAGUAAAGAUUCACAAGAAGUUCCAUCUGCUGUUCCUGAAUGUACUUUCCAAGUGGAAGAAAUUAGUGUUAGCUGUACACUUGGCAAUAUAGAUAAAGUUCUUAAGUGCAAAACUUGUGAUCAGUUUUUUCACUCUUACCCUGAUUUGGAAAAACAUAUUCAAGAAAGCCACUCAAAACAACCCAAAGAGCACGUGUGUCCCCACUGUAGUUACAAACCAGAAUGCAGUUUAGCUUUACAAACACAUUUCAAGCAGGCUCAUGGACAAUCAAUAUUUUGCUGUGAUCUCUGUGGUUUUCAGUGUGGUGAGGAGAAUCUCCUACAUUCUCAUUUCCUUGGCAAGACACACCUUCGGCAUCAAAAUCUUGCCGCACGAGGAGGAUUUGUACAGAGAUUGACAAAAAGAAACGUUCAUAAAAAGCAGUAUACGGCAGUCAAAAAGAAGAAAGUGAGAGCAAAAUCUGGUCCCUAUAAAUCAAAGACAAGAACUGCUGAUUCACAAGAUUUAAAUACUAGCAAUAAUCUGACGGAUUCAAAAGUAAGCUUUUCUAAACAAAGUGAUGGCAGUGAACUUCUUGUUGAAAUGAUGACAUCUAAAAAUAUUUCCACUGAAAAAUCAGAAACUGUUACAGAAGAAAAAGAGUUUUCCUUCAAUGUAGAAGGAACUCAUGAACUCCAGGCUGAAAAGCUAGAAAUAUCAGGGUCCUCAGAAGAAAAUUUGAACAAACAAGAGCCCACCAAAAGUACCCAAAAGAUAAUUGGCAGUUCAAACACAACAAGGAGAUUUGAUAGAUCAGGACAUAAGAGAAAUAUUUUAUCACUAAGAACUUCUUUCAGACAAGGUGGCUCUUUUAGAUUAAAAAAGCAGGUGAAAGGAAGAUAUAGUUUGCUGAGUGUUAGUAAAAGAGGCAAACCCAAAUCUCAUCAAACACAGGUGAAAUACAACUUCAGGACCCAGCUUAAACCAAGUAAUUUAAUGCCCAAAUCGCCUAAAGAGUUAGAAAUGGAUGAUGAUGAUGACGUUAACAGUCAGUGUAAGGCUACGUCAGAAAUACAGGCUCUGAGUCAAGACAGGACAAAUACCAGUUCUCCUAGCACUACAAAAACUGAGGAUUCUCAGGUGAAACCUGUUGCUGACAACAAAGUUCUACAUACUUGCAUUUACUGUGGUAUUGUUUUUCAGAACAGAAAAGGUUUGGAAAUUCACGUUAUAAAACAUCAUACAAAAGAAAUGCAUUUUCAUUGUCAAACAUGUAACUAUUCCUGUGCAAUCAGGGGGGACUUUGAACAACACUGUCAAAGUAAUAAACAUCAAAUGGGGGGUUGUAAUUUUAAUUGUCACCUUUGUUCAUUUAUUUGUUUGAAUGAUACAAGCCUUGGAACUCACAUGAGUGAAGAGCAUAAUAUGCCCCAUAAUUGUAUUAUUUGCAAUCUGUAUUUUCUAACUGAGGAAGAACUGAUAGAUCAUAAAACAGCUGAGAAGCAUAUUAGUUUAUUGGCUCAACAAAAUACUUCUCAAUCCAUUAGCACUGAUUUGUCUCUGCAAACUGCAGCUUAUACUACACUGGAAUCAAAUAAUAAUCUCCAAAAAAUUGUAGAUGAAAUAGAAGUGACUAUGGAGGAUGAGCCCCCAAAGCCCUGCAUGUUAAAUCAUGGAAAUGAAUUAAAGCAUUCUGUUCUCAAUAAAACCCAAUUUCAAUGUAAAAAGUGUUUUUAUAAAACAAGAUCCUCCACAGUUCUUACAAGACACAUAAAACUUCGACAUGCACAGGAAUAUCAUUUUCUUUGCAAAGCGUGUAACCUUUAUUCACUGAGCAAAGAAGGAAUGGAAAAGCAUAUUAAAAGAAGCAAGCACCUUGAAAAUGCCAGGAAAAACAAUAUUGGUUUACGGUUUGAGGAAUGUAUUGAAAGGGUAUGUGUAGAUGCAAGUGAUGUUAAAAAGGUAAUGGAGCCUUCCACUUCUGGCAAUGUAAAGACUGAAUUAGAUAAAGAAAGUAUACAGGCACCGUCCUUUACUGUGGAUCACACAUCCACAAAUAAAGAACUGAUUCCAUCAGGUGAAAUUAGCAAAGACAGUGAGUUAGUUUUGGCCAAUGCACCAAAGAGAGGGAGACCCAAAGGCACCAUAUCUAGGACAUGCACCCAUUGCGGUCUUUUGGCCUCCAGUGUUACCAACUUGACUGUACAUAUUAGACGAAAGCACAGUCACCAGUACAGCUAUUUGUGUAAAGUUUGCAAUUAUUAUACUGUAACCAAAGGUGACAUGGAACGUCAUUGUGCCACCAAGAAACAUAAAGGUCGUGUUGAAAUGGAAGCUAAUGGAAAACAAAACACAGAGGUAGUUGUUUGCCCAGAAGGAGGUAAUCUUGAAUCCAUUAGCAAGAAGAUCAACAGCCCAAUGGAUAUUUUGAAUGAACAUGUUGAGGAUGAUAGCCAGUCAUCAGAUUUGGAUACUUCAGUCUUAGAAAAUCAGGAAGAAGACAAGGGAAGCUCCAUUGAGGUAGAAGUUGACAAUGUAUCUCAACUCCCAGAUCUGCAGUAUACUAAGAACCCUAUAAAUAUAAAACAGCAUGUAUUUAUGGAGCCAAGGAAUGUUACUCAAGAUGGUGACCCAUGUUUUCAGAGAAGAGUUACAGGUGCAAAUGACAAUAAAUGUGUACACUGUGAGUUUGUUGCUCAUUCAUCUUCUUCUCUAGAGCUGCAUGUAAAACGGAAGCAUACUAAAGAAUUUGAAUACUACUGCAUGGCUUGCGAUUAUUAUGCAGUUACUCGUCGAGAGAUGAGUAGGCACGCAGCAACAGAGAAGCAUAAAAUUAAAAGACAAUCUUAUGUUUGUUCUUCCUUUGGAGAGGAAGCAGAUAUAAUAGAUAUUGCCAAAGAAACCUCUGUUAUAUCUCCAAAGGAUCAUAACCAAGACUCUGAAGAAUUUCAGACAGUUUCAGAUGAAACAAAAUAUGUCAACAAUGCUAAAACUCAGGACGAUCAAACUCUGAAAAGCUUAGCUGACUGUACUGUUUUAGAUGAAAAUACAUCUUCAGAAAUUUCUAAACAAGAAAUAGGAGUUGAAAUUGAGGAGGAAUCUAAUGGAGGAGAAAAUCCCCUUUAUGAAGUCUUCCAACAAACAUCUCAAAAAGAUGAAGUUAAACUUAGUGAGAUGAUACCUCUUAAAGAAGUAGUUAUUUGCGAUUUGCAGAAAAAUGGGCAAGAUCCAAUCAAUUCAAAUUUCCACUGCACUGUAGAAAAUCAAAAUGUUUCAAAUGACAUGAAUACCCCAAAUUUGGAGUCCCAAAAAAGUGGGAAAACUUUAGAAGAAAACAGAGAGAACCUUGAAAACGAGUAUAAAAAUACUGAAGUUCUUGAAGAAGAAUUACUAACAGAAAGUUCUCCACAUGUGCCAGCACUUCCAGAAACAUAUAAUUUAACAGAGCAGUCAAAUCUUGAUGAAAACAUUAGAAAUACUGUUCAAAAUGUACAUAGCUUAGAGGGUGACAGAAGCUUCAGAAGGGAUCCUACUGUAGAGGAGGAGGAAGCCCUUAUGGAGGCAAAACAUGAAGCAGAAGUAACUAUAAACAGCAUUUGGGAGGCAGAUGGCUCAACAGCUGAAGGCAUGCAAGAAACUAGUAAUGAGGCUUUGGGAACUGUUAUCAGCACUGAUGAUAAAGGAAAGGCAAUGCAAAAUUUUGGCCAGUUUGAUUCUUCUAUAGUAAGAUUAAAAAGCCAUCAAGAUGGAGAGUCCACUGACCACUCCGAUGAAGGACAGAUGUCAGGUGGAAUGAAAGUUAGUGAGAUAACUGUAAAAAUAGAUAGCUUACAAGGUGGUGGGAAAAAGAAGAAAUCUGAAGGAAAUCCCCUUGGGGAAUCGACACGUAUUCGUUGUGAUGACUGUGGUUUUUUAGCAGAUGGUUUAAGUGGACUAAAUGUUCACAUAGCCAUGAAGCAUCCUUCAAAAGAGAAACAUUUUCAUUGUUUACUCUGUGGAAAAUCAUUUUACACAGAAAGCAACCUUCACCAACACUUGGCUAGUGCUGGUCAUAUGAGAAAUGAACAGGCAAGUGUGGAAGAGCUACCAGAAGGAGGCGCCACCUUUAAAUGUGUUAAGUGCACUGAGCCCUUUGAUUCUGAACAGAAUUUGUUUCUUCAUAUUAAAGAACAACAUGAAGAAUUACUGCGGGAGGUGAAUAAGUACAUUGUGGAAGACACUGAGCAGAUCAACCGAGAAAGAGAGGAAAAUCAAGGCAAUGUGUGCAAGUAUUGUGGCAAGAUGUGCAGAAGUAGCAAUUCCAUGGCCUUCCUAGCUCACAUUCGAACUCAUACAGGAUCAAAGCCAUUCAAGUGCAAGAUAUGCCACUUUGCAACAGCUCAGCUCGGAGAUGCCAGAAACCAUGUCAAGAGGCACCUUGGGAUGAGGGAAUACAAGUGUCAUGUCUGUGGGUGA